UCCCGAGGAAGGGGGCUUUUGUCAGUCCCAGGGCAGCCUCUGCUCCGUCCCAGGCGCGCUGGGUGGCCAAAGAAAGCCCCCCUCGGCUAUUUCUCCGCUGUCUCCUCAGUGUGGUGAAGGGAAAAGACCAGCCAUGCAGCCAGCUCAGGGUCGGGUGUCCUUCGAAGAGGUGGCUGUGCAUUUCACCCAGGGGGAGUGGAGCCUGCUGAGCCCAGCGCAGAGAGCCCUGUACAAGGAAGUCAUGCUGGAGAAUUUUGGGACUGUGGCCUCUCUGGGUGAGGGUCCCUUUCCCCUGGGCUGCCUUCAACUGGCUGUGAGGAGUGACUGGCCUGAGGUUGCCAAACCUGACCUCAUUUCCAGGCUGGAAGUAGAAGAAGAGCCAUUUCUCCUGAUGUCUGAUGAAGAGGAGGGAUUGGCAGGAGGCACGUGGAGGUCAGAGAAUGAAACAUCUGAACAUCCAGUAAUGGAUAAAGAGGAUACAUAUUCAGAUGCGAAAGGGAAGGUUAAAAAUUCUGAUACCCUGCGGAAGAAGGGGAGAAAACAUCCAUCUAAAGGAAGAAGUAAUUCUGGUUUUUUACAAGGUGUAAACGCUCAUGAAAUCCCACUACUUGAAAAAAAGUACAUAGAAGGCAAGAGAAAUGAGGGCACAGCACGUGGAGAAAAAUUUUCUGAAAAACCAAACAUUAGCAUGCAUUGGAAAAGCCGUAACAGAAAGAAAAAAUAUAAAUGCCGGGAGUGUGGAAAAACAUUCAGUCAGAGUGGAAGCCUUAAUUUCCAUCAAAGAACUCACACACGGGAGAAACCUUAUAAAUGCCAGGAUUGUGGGAAAAGCUUCAGUCGCAGUGGAGAUCUUAAUUCCCAUCGAAGAAUGCACACAGGGGAAAAACCUUAUAAAUGCCAAGACUGUGGAAAAAGCUUCAGUCAAAGUGGAAGCCUUAAUUCCCAUCGAAGAAUGCACACAGGGGAAAAACCUUAUAAAUGCCAGGACUGCGGAAAAAGCUUCAGUCACAGUGGAAGCUUUAAUUACCAUCGAAGAAUGCACACAGGAGAAAAACCUUAUAAAUGCCAGGACUGUGGAAAAAACUUCAGUCGCAGUGGAGACCUUAAUUAUCAUCAAAGAAUACACACAGGAGAGAAACCUUAUAAAUGCCAGGACUGCGGAAAAACCUUCAGACAGAGUGGAGGCCUUAAUUACCAUCGAAGAAUGCACACAGGGGAAAAACCUUAUAAAUGCCAGGACUGCGGAAAAAGCUUCAGUCACAGUGGAAGCCUUAAUUACCAUCGAAGAAUGCACACAGGAGAAAACACUUAUAAAUGCAAGGACUGCGGGAAAAGCUUCAUUCAAAGUGGAUCCCUUAAUUCCCAUCGAAGAAUGCACACAGGAGAAAAACCUUAUAAAUGCCAGGACUGCGGGAAAAGCUUCAGUCAAAGUGGAGGACUUAAUUCCCAUCGAAGAAUGCACACAGGGGAAAAACCUUAUAAAUGCUUGGACUGCGGAAAAAGCUUCAGUCACAGUGGAAGCCUUAAAUAUCAUCAAAGAAUGCACACAGGGGAAAACCCAUAUAAAUGCCAGGACUGCGGGAAAAGCUUCAGUCAAAGUGGAUCCCUUAAUUCCCAUCGAAGAAUGCACACAGGGGAAAAACCUUAUAAAUGUCUGGACUGCGGAAAAUGCUUCAGUCGCAGUGGAGACCUUAAUUCCCAUCGAAGAAUACACACAGGUGAAAAACCUUUUGAAUGCCCAGAUUGCAGAAAAAGCUUCAGUCACAGUGGAGACCUUAAUUACCAUCGAAGAAUACACACGGGGGAAAAACCUUAUAAAUGCCAGAACUGCGGGAAAAGCUUCAGUCGCAGUGCCGACCUUAAUUCCCAUAGAAGAAUACACACAGGGGAAAAACCUUAUAAAUGCCAGGACUGUGGAAAAAGCUUCAGUCGCAGUGGAGACCUUAAUUCCCAUCGAAGAAUGCACACAGGGGAAAAACCUUUUAAAUGCAAUGACUGUGGAAAAAGCUUCAAUCACAGUGGCGGACUUACUGCCCAUCAAAGAAUACAUACAGGGGAAAAACCUUAUAAAUGCCAGGACUGUGGGAAAAGCUUCAGUCAAAGUGCAGGGCUUCAUUACCAUCGAAGAAUGCACACAGGCGAAAAACCUUAAAAAUUCCAGGACUGCACAAAACCUUCGGUCAGUGUGAGCAAGUUAAUUCCCAUAGCAAAAUUCACACAGGAGAGAAGCCAUCUAAAUGCCUGGAAUGUGGGAAAGGGUUUAAACAGAAGAAUGAAUAAACUUCCCAUCACAGAAUUCACAUGGGUGAAACCAUAUGAUUGCCUCGUAUGUGGAAAAAGCUUCAGUGUGUGUGGAAGCCUGACUUCCCAUCAAAAAAUUCACGCAGAGGAAAAACCAUAUUAAAAAAAAUUCAGUCCGAGUAGAAACCUUGCUCUUCAUCAAAGAAUUUACAUAGAAUUUAUAUAGAAUUUACAUAGAAAUGUUUUAUGUGUGGAAGGACAUUGUAUAAAAUAAACUAUGUUAAACCAUUCUGUCUUACAUAUUCCUAGCCCCUCCCUCCCUCCCUCAUGAUUGAUUGAUUAGAAGACUCUAAUUGUGUUUUUGCCCUGACCUAGAUAGCCCAGGUAAGCCCAUCCUGGUCAGAUCUCAGAAGCUAAGCAAGGUUGGCCUUGGUUAGUAAUUGGAUGGCAGACCUCCAAGGAACUCUAGGGUCUCCAUGCAGUGGCAAGCAAUGGCAAACCACCUCUGUUAGUUUCUUGCUUUUAAAUCCCCCACUGGGGGGCUAUGACUUGACAGCACUUUCCUCCACCGCUCCCCAUGAAUAUGUUGCCUUAAACUAUUCCAACAUCUUCGGUGGGAUGAUACAGUUGUGGGAGCCUUCCUGUUUGCGCUGGACAGGUAAAUGUCCCAAGUGGGAGCCAAAAUAGAGGCUGCCUCUAUAUAGGCAGCUGUACACCUCCCCCCUCGGCUUUGCUCAGAUGAGUGAAGCUGUUGCAGCAGAGCGUAGCAAGAGAGCUGGUCCUAUAGAGAGAUGUGGAGCCUGGGCCCCCAAAUGAUUUGUUGGUUAGAAGCAGCCCCUGGAAUGGGGCCUGAAAAUUAAUCAGUAGACUAUGGUGCAAUUGCGGGAUGUGUUUAAUGUGCAUUCUGGACCUCAAGCUAAUAGUAGUUGACUUGCGGCAUUCUGUACCCGCUGAAUUUUCUGCCUUCAAUGGCAGAUCCAUGUGGAGUGUGUUAAAGUAGCUGAGCCAUAUGGUUAUUGUGGCAUAAUUCUCCUCUCCUUCGGUGUAUUCUCACAACAACCCUGUGAGGUAGGUUAGGCUGAGAGGGUGUCUGGCCCAAGGUCACCCAGCAUGCUUCCAUGGCAGAGUUGGGAUUUGAAACUGGAUUUCCCAGAUUCUAGUCCAACUGCUACACCCCACUGGCUCUCAAUAGAAGUGUUAAUGUUCAUCUCAAUUUGUGUGUUUUU